AAGUAAAUACUCAAACGCCGUUAGUGCAGAACGGAUAGUGGGCACUCAGCAGCAGACUUGGAAAACAAACUGCGUGAGUCAGUUGGUGACUUUUUUGUCUGGACAAAGCACUGCUGGCUUUCCACUGAUGUGCAAGCUUUGAGAGGAGCAUGACAGGAAAUUUGCACGUCAGUGAAAUAUGGAAACAAGCGAAGCCAGUAGGGAUUUGUGGCAGAGCAGCAGAGCACCGUGACUUAUCUGUGUCUGUGUGUGCACAGUCUCUCCACGAGUCCAGCACAAGAAGCUCCACGAUGCCGGACACAAUCAUGUCCAAGGAGCCCAGUUCCAACCUGGAGAGUGCCAUGCAGAUGCUCAUAAAGACCUUCCACAAGUAUUCAGGGAAGGAAGGCGACAAGUACACUCUGAGCCGGGGUGAACUGAAGGAGCUGCUACUAGAGGAGCUGGGGAGUUACUUAGGGAGCUCCAAAGAUAAUGAAGCAGUUGAGAAGGUGAUGAACGACUUGGACGCCAACAACGACGGGGAGGUGGACUUCACCGAGUUCAUCAUUCUGAUGGGCGCCCUCACAGUCGCCUGCAACGACUUCUUCCUGGAGUACAAAACAGACGACAAACCCAAAGAUGGCGAGUCAGCGCAGAAGAAAGAUUGAAUCACUGCAAAAGAAGGAGGGGGGGGAGAAAAGUGAGAUGGAGAGGGUGUAAAAGAACUGUAAAUCAGGAGAGGAGAUAGAGGACAGAAGUGCAAUGGCUUCUCUUUUUUUGUCUUAUGCAAUAUGUAAACACUACAGCUACACACGAGGGAAGAGGUCCAGCGCUUUAGUUUAUGGUUUCACAGAACACGGAGCAUUUAGGAGGAGUAGUGUUUUUCCUUCUGCAAAUGUUUCUCAUACCACAGCUUAUCCGGAGCUAGUUGCACUGUUCUCAGAGCAGUGGCUAGUUUUAUAUACAUGACAGGGUUAAUUUCAGCUUCUUCUAACUCAAAUUCAGCAGUCCCUUAGAUUUAAUAAGGCACGGGAAAGACAGGAAGUUUGGGGAUGUUUGAGAAUGUCUUGCACGUGAACAACUUGAGAACAUAUAUGUAGUCACAGAAUAAGUUACAGAUUAUACCAGCGUAUGUACUCAGUCUUGAAAAUAUUUACGAUUUGUCCCCUCUCUUUUGCUUUUGUAAUCUUUUCAAAAUAUUAAACAUGGCA